ACUGCACGGAACGGCAAACAGCGAACGACAAAGUAAUUAUUUUUCUGUCUGUGGGUUUCCGAUCAAGAUAUUGUUUUUUGAGUGGCAAACGCCGCGCACUAAAGCGACAGAGAAGGCAAGAGAGCGAGCGAGAGAGAGAGAGAGAGAGAGCACAGUACACGGUUUACCCGCUGCACUCACCCACACCCACCCCCCCGCACACAGUCAUCCUCCCAGCGGACAGCAGCCAUGAUCCUUGGGAGCAGGGCCAUCCUACUGGCCAUUGUUCUGGCCGCCGUCGUGGGCCCAAUGAACGGACAGAAGGCCGGUAAACUCACCCAGAACCCGUGCGGAGCCAAGGACAAGUGCCACACAUGCAUCCAGACGGAGAGCUGCGCCUGGUGCAUGCAGCCCGACUUUAAGGGACAGUCACGAUGCUUCCAGCACACCAGCAAGGUGUGCCCCGAGGAGUUUGUCUGGAAUCCGGACACCUCCGAGCAGAUCCUGCUCAACAAGAACCUGACCCUGGCCUCGGUGGCCGGCGGAUCGUCGGCAGCUGGCUACGGAGCCGCCGGUUACGGAGCAGGUGGAGGCUAUGGAGCAGCGGGCUACGGAGCUGGCGGUGGCGCCAGUGGUGGCUAUCUUUCCGGCAGCAGUUCCAGUUCCAGCCACUACCACUCGUCCUCCUCGUCGUCCAUGUCCGGCUCCUAUGGAUCGGAGUACUCUGCCGGCUGGUCGGCCAGUUCCAGCUCAGAAAUCGUCCAGAUCAAGCCCCAGUCCGUGAAGCUGAAGCUGCGUAUUAACCAGAAGCACGACCUCAAGGUGAGCUACACCCAGGCCGAGGGCUAUCCCGUGGAUCUGUACUACUUGAUGGACUUGUCCAAGUCCAUGGAGGACGACAAGGAGAAGCUCUCCGCCCUGGGCGACAAGCUCUCGGAGACGAUGAAGAGCAUCACCUCGAACUUCCGCCUGGGCUUCGGCUCCUUUGUGGACAAGGUGCUGAUGCCCUAUGUCUCGACCAUUCCCAAGAAACUCGAGAAUCCCUGCGACAACUGCAAGGCUCCCUAUGGUUACCGCAAUCACAUGCCACUCAACAAUAACACCGAAAGCUUCUCUAACGAGGUAAAGGAUGCCGCCGUAUCUGGUAACUUGGACGCACCCGAGGGUGGCUUCGAUGCCAUCAUGCAGGCCAUCGCCUGCCGGCAGCAGGUCGGCUGGCGUGAGCAGGCCCGUCGCCUGCUGGUCUUCUCCACGGACGCCGGCUUCCACUAUGCCGGCGACGGCAAGCUUGGAGGAGUGAUCGCCCCCAACGACGGCGAGUGCCAUCUGAACGCCCAGGGCAUGUACACGCACUCGGUGCUGCAGGACUACCCCAGCAUUUCGCAGAUCAACCAGAAGGUCAAGGAGAACGCCAUCAAUAUUAUCUUUGCGGUGACCUCCAACCAGUUCUCCGUCUACGAGAAGCUCAAGGGCCACAUCCAGGGCUCCUCGGCCGCCGUGCUCUCCAACGACUCCUCCAACGUCGUCGACCUGGUCAAGGAGGAGUACGCUAAAAUCUCAUCCUCCGUUGAGAUGAAGGACAAUGCCACCGGCGAUGUAAAAAUCACCUACUUCUCCUCCUGCCUGACGGGGGGACCCGAGAUCCAGACCUCCAAGUGCGACAACCUGACGGUCGGCCAGCAGGUGAGCUUCACGGCCCAGAUCCAGGUGCUCAAGUGCCCCGAGGAUCCGCGCGACUGGACGCAGCACAUCCAGAUCUACCCCGUCGGCAUCAACGAGAGCAUGCUCAUCCAGCUGGAGAUGCUGUGCGCCUGUCCCUGUGAACAGCCCGGCUCCACCGGCUACGAGGUGCACUCGCGGCACUGCAACAACUUCGGUACCUUCAUGUGCGGCAUCUGUGACUGUGACGAGCACCAUUUCGGCAACAGCUGCGAGUGCUCCGUCUCGGACAUGAACUCGACGAUCAACAACGACGCCAGCUGCCGGGCGGACAACACCACGACGACCGACUGCUCCGGCCGGGGCAACUGCGUGUGCGGAGCCUGUGAGUGCUUCAAGCGCUCCAACCCGGAGGAGGUGGUCUCCGGCCCCUUCUGCGAGUGCGACAACUUCAGCUGUGAGCGGAACAAGAACCAGCUGUGCUCCGGCCCCGAUCACGGAACCUGCGACUGUGGCCGCUGCAUCUGCAAGCCCGGCUGGACGGGCACAAGCUGCGCCUGCCAGGCCUCCAACGACACCUGCAUGCCGCCCGGCGGCGGAGAGAUCUGUUCCGGACACGGUGUCUGCGAGUGCGGCGUCUGCAAGUGUGCAGUGAACGAACAGGGACGCUACUCCGGCCGGCAUUGCGAGAAGUGCCCGACGUGCUCGGGCCGCUGUCAGGAGCUGAAGGACUGCGUCCAGUGCCAAAUGUACCACACCGGCGUGCUCAAGGACGUGAACGAUUGUGCCCGCAACUGCACGACCUUCACCCCCAUCGGCGUGGAGAAGGUGGAGAUCGAUGAGCGCAAGGACGAGCAGAUGUGCACGUUCUUCGACGAGGACGAUUGCCGGUUCGAGUUCAAGUACAGCGAACAGGGUGAGCUGAUCGUGCACGCCCAGGAGGAGAAGGAGUGCCCGCCCAAGGUCUUCAUGCUGGGCAUUGUCCUGGGCGUUAUUGCGGCCAUUGUGCUGGUGGGUCUGGCCAUCUUGCUGCUCUGGAAGCUGCUGACCACGAUCCAUGAUCGCCGCGAGUUUGCCCGCUUCGAGAAGGAGCGCAUGAACGCCAAGUGGGAUACGGGCGAGAAUCCCAUCUAUAAGCAGGCCACUUCCACCUUCAAGAAUCCCAUGUAUGCGGGAAAAUAAGUGCGCGCUCCCAAGAUAACUAAAUAUUAGUGAAUAUUAUAUGUCUGUCUGUGCUUGAACCGGAAACCACAAACCACAAAACCAGAAACCAGAAGAAUCCAAAAAUCUAGAAAUCCAACCAAUAACGAAACAGAAAGAUCCAAAAAUUAACCCAACCCCUUGUAUCGACUCCGAAUCCAUCGACAAAGCUGCUAUGCCCGGGUGGAGAGACCCGCCACCACGGAAGUCAACUGCCAUUGAAACGCGUUCUAAACUAAGUCAACCCUAUAUAUAUCUAAAUAUAUCUAAAUACAUAUAUAUAUAUAUUUAUAUAUACGUUUACACACAAAUCCCCUCACGGGCAGCCUUUAUACAAUGUGUAUACUUAACGAGCAAAUGAUUUUGUGCCUUGCAAUAUAUACUUUAGACUAAAUAUGUAUACAAAAAUAUUGAAAAAUGCUAAAAAAAAAGAUGAUGAGGAAAUUUUGAGCGGAGUAACAAGAACAGACACGCACAAACACGCAGCAGCAAGAAAAUUGAAGAAGAGUGUGGAAGAAGAACUAUUAUUCAAAGAAUCAAGAGCCAAGAUUUACGAAGAUUAGUUGUAGUUAUGAUUUUUGUGUUCUUUUUUUUUUUAGCCAGCACAUGAAUUUGUAUUUUAUUUUUGUACUCUUAUUUUGUAAUCUUUUAUGUUUUCGGUCCCCCUUACCUUUAUUUUAAUUUAAAAUACUUCCGAACCCCGUCCGAAACUGCAAUCGAAAAUGUAUUUAAACCUAAAGAUGCCCGGGGAAUCCCCAACUGAUCUAUCUAUGUACCCCCCCGCCCCCAAACUAUGUGUUUUUCUAAAUGUGUGUUUUUUUUUCUACUUGUUUUUAAAGCUAACUUUACAUUUAAUAGUUAAGCAUAUUAACAUUUAAGCUUGUAAUUGUUAAUUCGAAAUGCAAGAGAGUGCCCGCCCGGAAGACCAACACACACAUCCGGAUUCCGGAAAGACCGGAUAUGAGUGUUUCAUAUUCGUAGUCUCUUGUGUGUGGGUUUUGUUUUAUUGAAUUUCGACCAUUAAUAGUAAAUUAAUACUACUAUGUAAUAAUAUAUAUCUUUUGCCAUUUGUACUGAUUACUGAUUAACAAUUUUUAAAAGGAGUGUAAUACAAAAACAAAAAAAUGAUAAA